AUGCCAGGUGCAUAUCCCAAAAAAGCGGAUGAUUAUAUAUGCACACAAAUUCCUCUUCCUAAGUUUGCAUCAAAAAUUGGUUAUGUGACAGGAUUCAAGCCUAUAGUAAACGAUUCUGUGCACCAUAUUAUCUUAAGCUCAUGUGAUGAAUGGAUUCCGGAAGAUUUUACGCCUUUCCCUAAAUCAUGCUACUCCCAAUGUCGAAAUCACAUUCUAUAUGCUUGGGCACACCAUGGGUCACCUCUUGUGCUCCCGGAGGGCAGUGCAUUUGAGAUCGGCAAAAACACUGAAAUUAAAUCUCUAUCUUUGGAAGUUCAUUACAGUAGUCCUGAAGAAAAGCCAGACUAUGCUACCAUUGAACUCACUUAUACACUUGAUCCUCAACCUAACCGAGCUGGAAUCAUACUUCUCUAUAACGAUAUUGCUACGAUUCCUUCACACGUUCAACACUUUCCUACAAAUAUUUCUUGCCAGCUCCAUACAAGUGCUCCACUCCGUGUAAUUGGAGUCCGUGCUCAUUCACACGACUUGAAUCGUGGUGUUUACAGUUACGUCUAUCGUCCAAGUGAAGAUGAAUACCAGUUAAUUGCAAAAUCAAAUGCUAAAUGGCCACAAACAUUUUAUAAGCCAACCCAACUGUCCGUUAAAUCUGACCCACUCUACCUUCAAAAUGGUGAUAUUCUUAUGGGUCGCUGUGUUUAUGAUUCAAUGGAUCGUGACAGAGAGACUGAAAUGGGAUCAACUCAUGCGGAUGAAAUGUGCAAUGUCUACAUUAUGUACACGAUGGACUCGCUGCAUGACCCUCCAUCUCCAGAGUUGUGUGCGGAUGAUGGGGUUCCCGACGUGUGGGAGAAUGCACCUGCUGAAGCCACUGAAUACGUCACCAACACCCCUCCUGCUCCAGUUGAAGAAGAGGAAGAACCUUCAAAAUCAUCUAUUCCAAGAGCCAUUAAAUUCGAACCAGACAACAAUUGGUCCGUCAAAGGCAUUCGCCUUACUAAAGUCCCUCAUGAUUCGACACCAUACUUUGUGCAGGUAUCUGGCAUAGCUUUUGCCAAUGACGCAGAUGAAAAACCCAUUCUCUUCGCUCUUCUACGUGGGAACAACCCAUGGAACGUGGAUUCAUUCGGUGAAAAUUUUAAGUACAUUGAACGAUCUGCAGAUUAUAUUUCCUCACCGAUUCUCAAAAUUGAUCCAGUGUCUGGGAGAAUCAUGGAGUCCUUUGGUGAUGGUCAAUUUAUAUUACCUCAUGGUUUGUCCAUCGCUAAAGACAGAGAAGGAAAGCCUAUUGCUCUUUGGGUCACUGAUAUUGCACGUCAUCAGGUGUUGAAAUUCGACUGGAAUGCCUGGAGUAAACCUUCAAUGGUUCUGGGAAAAUUCACAAAGCCUGGAGCUGAUGAAAAAUCCUUCUGCCAACCAGCUGACGUCGCGGUUGCUAGUACGGGAGAAAUAUUUGUAGCCGACGGUUACUGCAACCAACGUGUGGUGAAGUUCUCUCCCAAUGGCAAAUACAUCACAGAAUGGGGAGUUGGUGGAGUGAAUGCACGUAGGGUUUUUUCAAAGGGAUUCCUCGUUGCUCACAGCAUUGUGGUUCUGCCUGCGAUUGAUGGUGGAGUUGAACAGGUGUGUGUUGCCGAUCGUGAACGCGGCAUGAUCGACUGCUAUGAUCUCAACGGGCGUCCUAUUGUUCGGUAUGGCGGUAGAGUACUUCAACCAUCGGUCUAUGCUAUCACAUUCCAUCCCCUCUACAAGUAA